AUGCGAUCCGAUCCGAUCCACGCUCCCCGCCACGCCGAGCUCGCCGCGCUCAGGGAGCAGGCCCGCGGAACGCGGGGGCGCGUCCCGAGCGCGGGGGGCAGGGAAGGAGGCGGCGUGGGCAUGGGGGGAGCGGGGCUGGGGCCGGCUGUGUCGGCGGGCUCGCCCGGGGAGGCGCGGCUCCCCUCGGGGGGCUCGACUGCGCUCGUCGCUCGGGACCGCUCGGCUCCGCUCGGGGAGGCUCGGGGUCGGGUGCCCUGUGCGGGGGCGCUGGGGGCGAGGGGGCCAGAGGUGUCACACCCCGGGGAAGCAGAACCAGGCGCUGCGGUUGGCCACGAGCCCGCGCAGCUUCCUGCCACGCUGCCGCACAGGCACCCGGGGCACGGCGGCCAGCGGCAGCAGCAGGUGAGAAGAAUGGGCUCCAUGUCAGAAGAGCUCAGCCUGGUUCCCCUGCACCAGAGGCCGGAGCUGCUGGAGGCCUGUGCCGAGCUGCUGGGCGAGGAGUGGGGGAAGAGCCGGGCGUCACGGCUCCACACGCUGCAGCGCUCCUCAGACUCCUUCCCCACUUGCCUGCUGCUGCUGCGGAGCCGCGGCGCUGCCGAGCCCCGGGAGGGUCCCUGCCAGCUCGUGGGCCAUGUCCGGCUGUCCCGUGUGGCCGCCCGGCCCCGCGACCUCUUUGUGGAGAGCGUGGUGGUGGCGCGGGCGCUGCGGGGCCAGGGCUAUGGGCGCCGGCUGAUGGAGGCUACUGAGCGGUGGGCCCGGGCCCGGGGCUUUGCCUGCCUGCACCUCACCACCCAUGACAAGCAGCACUUCUAUGCCCACCUGGGCUUUGUACUGGGCGAGCCGGUGCAGAGCGUGGCCUUCCUCAGCCCCGCCAUACCUGCCAAGGUGCUGCGGCUCUUCUCUGCCUCUCCUGGCACCGCCGCUGCCACCAGCACCAAGCCAAAGGCCCCCGUGGCCCCCUCGCCUCCCCUCCCGCCCCCCGCCGCCCCCCCACCGCCCCCACUGCCAACCGUGGUCUGGGCGAGGGGUGUCCUGGCCGAGAGCAGCGGGCAGAGCCUCCUGGAGACCCCGCACCGAGAUGCCAAAGGGCUGCCCAUCUUCUGGAUGAAGAAGGACAUCUGAGGGACUGGGGCCAGGGCCCCAAGCUGCUGAUUAAAAGUGGGGCAGGCAGGGGCUGCCUGCCCCAGCGCUGCCCCCCUGACUGCUGUUCUUCAGGGCUGGCAUUGGCUACCCCGGCCUCCCUGCUUUGCCCUGGCCCCAUUAUCAGGGACAGAUGGCCCCCACGUCCUGCCUGGGCAUGCCACCUCAGCUUUUCCUGGCCCCUAGGACCACCAGUGUGGUAGGGAGCCAAGCCCAGCCCAGGCUCUGGGGUUGGGGCUGGUCCUGGGAGCGCUGCCCAGUCCCACCGGCGUCUCCUGCAUCCAGGGGACUUGCUGUGUGGCAGCUGGAGCUGAGAGCAUGCCAUGGCUGCCAGUGGGGCUGCCACUUCCCAGUGAGCAGCCUGGGGAAACUGAGGCAGAUGGCUGGAGGGGCAGCAGGGAGAGGAGGGCAGGCAGGGGGGCUGCAGGGCUCAAGCAGGGUAGCGAGGCCAGAGGCAUGGGAACAGGAGCAGGAAGGUCAGGGAGAGCGUCUGGGCCUGGUGCCGGGGGAUUAGCACCAUCCUCGCUGCGUCACGCGGCCCCCAGGCCCAUCCCCUGCCUAAUCCCCUUGUCCCGACUGACACUGGCCAGGGGCACCCAGCCCCCUCUGGCCCUGCCAGGGCUGGAAGGGACCGAGCUGCCCCUCAGGCUCCAUUACACCUCUCUGGAGGCUCAGACCCUCAGCAGAAGUGGGCUGUGAAAUGGGGGAGAGGGGAUCACGGUGUCCCAGCUGUAGGCAGGACAGGGAGCCAGCGGGGACACUGAGGCCCCAGGCCUGGCAGCUUGCAGUGCCACACUAGAGCUCUGGCACAGCCAUGCUGCUGCGGGGGGCUCUGGGCACUGUGGCACAGUAGCUAGGAGUGGGAGAGCCUCCCAAGUUUGCUGAGUCCCGUGUGAUUUGGGGGCAGGCAGCACGUGUAGCUGCCUGUGGCCAGUCCUAGCCCAUGGUGGUGCCAGUGUGGCCGUGCUGCCUGCUGCUCCCUGCCGCCUCAGCCCCGCUGCUCUCCUUUCCCCGCAGGCAGGCCGUGGCACAGGAUGGU